AGGCGUGAUCCGUGCGCCGUCGCUCUCCGAUGCUGAGCAGUGACAUGGGGAUCGGAAAGCUUUCCUUGCUUCUGUCACGCUCUCAGGUAGCAGGCGCAUGAAUAAAAUGCAUCUGGAAGGCAUAAACUAUGUCUCAGCCAUACGUAGCAUCGUGGAUUUAUGACGCUGAAGCCAGAUAGAGAUUAGGGAGUGUUAGGGGGAGAACCUGAGAGAAGAUUUACCGGCGACUGUAAAGGGAGAAGGUGCUCACAUGUUUUGAUUAUGUUAUUUAUUUAUUUUUUUUUUUUGUGCAAGCAAAGAGCUGGUUUCCCUCAUUUUGCAAGAUGUUUUCACUGACCAAAUGGUAAGAUUCAGCUCGAGCCCAUGCCUUGUCGACACGGUUGAACGUUAUGACUGAUGGGAGUGUUGACACCUUUUUCUUUUCUUCUGCAGAAUAUGGAUGGAUGCCGUGUCUUUUAGAUUUGCUUUGUGCAGUGUGGGAUCUGUGCAGCAUGGUGCAUGCUAUUUUUAUCCAAAUAUCAUAUGAGAAGUAAAUAAUUUAGCGUUGUUAGGUUGCAGGUUUUUGGAAGGCAGCGAUGGGAAGUGCACAGUGGUGUUUUUCAGAGGAGAGGUACAGAAAGUCAAAGCCCUGGUGAUUUUUCUGUUUUUAUGCCUACAUUUUUUUUACAUGCUUUGUUCUAGAGGAAGUCCAAAUGUCAUCUUCGUUCCACAAGUUGCUGCUGUCAACCUGGACACUGAGAGACUUGUUUGUGAGCGGUGGGUGCAGAUCUAGGUGCUGAGCCUCACUCACCCGUUUCCAUCUGUGUGAAGAAAAGUGCAAAGAAGAUUUAAUGAAUCAGUAUUCGCUAGCCGACGCUAUGUCCGACAAGGGAAACUUCACAGUUCCAAAGCUUUCAGAGUCCAAUAUGGGAUUUGGAGUGCUGGGAGUUUUUCUGGGGCUCCUCCUGGAGGUUUCUACCCACGGACCACACAGUGUUCCCCGAACUUCCUGGAAACGCCAAGAUUUGGACCUCCUGGAGUUUUCAGAGCCUGGCAUCUUCAACUACUCGACGCUACUGCUGAGUGAGGAAAGAGAUGCUCUGUAUGUGGGAGCAAGGGACGCCAUUUUUGAGCUCAACAAGAGGAAUGUGACAGUCAGGAACCAAAAGGUUCAGUGGAAAGUUGCAGAACAUCCCAUGGAGAUGUGCACACGUAAAGGAAAAUCAAGAGAGAGGGACUGCCCCAACUACAUUCGAGUGCUCCAGAUAGUGGAUGACAAGCGGCUUUACAUCUGCGGCACACAUGCCUUCCAGCCUCAGUGUGAUUACUUGAAUCUUGCAGACUUUUCUUUGGAGGGUCGACCUGAGGAUGGCAGAGGGAAGUGUUCGUUUGACCCUUCGCAGAGCUUUACCGCCGUCAUGGUCGAUGGAGACCUCUAUUCUGGGACAGCUUAUAACUUCUUAGGCAGUGAACCGAUUAUCUCCAGAUAUUCCCCAUCCUAUCCCCUGCUGAGGACAGAGUACUCCACAUCAUGGCUCAAUGAGCCUAGCUUCGUCUUUGCAGAUGUGAUCAGGGCCGAGAAGCACAGAGGAGACGGCGAGGACGACAAAAUCUACUACUUCUUCACCGAGGUGUCAGUGGAGUACGAGUUCUUUGGCAAGCUGCUCAUUCCCAGGGUGGCUCGCGUCUGUAAGGGUGACCUUGGAGGAGAACGUACUCUGCAGAAAAAAUGGACCUCCUUUCUGAAAGCCAAGCUGGUGUGCUCCAUGCCGGAGCUCAACUUUGUUUUCAAUGUGGUCCAUGACGUUUUCAUCCUGAAGGGAAGAGACUGGAGAGAUACAGUCUUCUAUGGUGUUUUCACCUCUCAGUGGGGAAACGUGGGUUUGUCAGCGGUGUGUGCCUACAACAUGGCAGCUGUGGAGGAAGUCUUCUCUAAGGGGAAGUAUAUGCAGAAGGCCACAGUGGAGCAGUCCCACACAAAGUGGGUGCGGUAUAACGGCAUCCCUCCGUCUCCCCGUCCUGGUGCAUGUAUCAGCAACCAACUGCGUCAAAACAACAUCAGCAGCUCACUCCACCUUCCGGACAAAACCCUUCAGUUUGUCCGGGACCACCCGCUGCUGGAGGACCCUGUCCUGCCCAUCGGCAACAGACCUCGACUCAUCACCAAGGACGUCAACUACACUCAGAUUGUAGUAGAGAGGGUCCAAGCACUUGAUGGGAACGUCUAUGAUGUAAUCUUCACCGGAACAGAUAAAGGUGUCCUGCACAAGUCGGUGGUGUUCGAGGAAGAUGUCCAUAUUGUGGAGGAGAUCCAGCUCCUGAAGAACUCUGAACUCAUAAAAAACUUACUGCUGUCGUCUGAGACACGGUCGGUGUAUGCUGGGUCGGACUCUGGCGUCAUUCAGUCCCCCACAGCUUUCUGUGGAAAGUAUUCUACGUGUGACGACUGUGUCCUGGCUCGAGACCCCUAUUGCGCCUGGGACCCCAACACAGCCGCCUGUGUCUGCAUCCUUGAUGUUCCAAAGGAGCAGCUCAGGAGUCUGACCCAAAGUCUAAGCGGUGAUGCAGACAUCUGUCCUCCAGUGUCUUCGGUGUCUCUGAAGGACUAUCAGAAAGUCUUAGUGAAACCAGGCAGCUCUGCUGAGCUUCCCUGCAUGGUGAACUCCAACCUGGCUCAUGUGAUGUGGAAAUCAAACAACACUCUUCUCGACGAGGCCUCUCGGUUCCACUUCAUCGGCGAAAACGGGCUCCUCAUUUACAGCGUGGCCCCCGAGGAUCAGGGUGACUACCAGUGUUGGUCUGUGGAAUGGGCUCCUACUGUUGGGAAGAACUUUAGCCGCCUUCUUGCUGGAUACACACUGAAGCUGGAUCUUCCUCCCGGACCCCCUGCCAGGACAAACCGUCUGGCCACCACAGUCCGCAGCCAGGAGACGAGUAGCGUGCUUCCAGCUGAAGCCUCCUCUAUCGACUCCUCAUCUUCCCUGUCAUCCUCUGGAAGUAGCUCUUGCUCUUCCCUCCCUUCCUCCUCUUCUCCCGCCAAGCCCCACUGCGUGGAGGCUCGGGAGGCAGAGGUAAGACUGUUGCCUCCUCUCCUGAAGGACCAGGCCUGGGGGGUUCACGCCCAGGAGGCCUUCCUGCUCUUCUGCCUCGCUCUGGGUCCAAGCGACAUCCAUAUUCAUUGGCUAAUAAAUGGGUACAGUGUGGACACCUCAGUAAUGGAGUACCGAAGGCCACUGGGCCAGAGGGAGGUGCUGGUGAGCAGCUGGCUUAGAGGGGGGCCGCUGAUCAAGGAAGCCCGUUACCGCUGUGUUGCUGAAGCCAGCACAGGAAGUGACACGUCUGACAUUGACCUCCAUCUCACUACAGGAGAUGAAAACAUUCCAUCCAGGGAGCUGAACCAAUGGAGAGGUGCGCUUACAGAGCAUGAGCAGCUGCUGAAAAGAUGGAAAAAAACCUGGGAAAGCUGUGAUGGCCACACAGCUGGGUGAGCACGUGUUCAUUCUGGUUGUGCACUGGCCUCUCAGUCCAGCUGGACCACUCCUCUGACACUGAACAUUUCACAAACACAAGUAAUAUGUUUCAGUGUCGCCACUUACACGAGAGUUUGAUGGACCAUGACAUGAAGAAUUCACAGCUCUUGCACCCAGCAGGUGCAGACCUCACAUGGCUGCUGUGAUGGUUUUUGGACUCCCUCCAAACUGGAAGGAUUAAAGCCCACUGACUCCUUCAGUCUAAGAAAGCUUGUACUGGAUUUGUUGCUGUAUUUACGGUAUAAGACUGUACGUACAUUUUGAAGCAGUGCUUGUGUGAAAACGGCAAAUGUCUUUUUGAAGUUUAUCAGAUUCUUUGGGUCAGUGUCUCUGUUAAACCCAGUUAUAGUGUGAUGAUAUUCAAAGUUUUGCCUCUUAAUUUCCUUAAAGAACCAGUUUCACUCCUCAAGGCUAUCUUACAGAGUUUUUACUUAAAAUAUAGUAAGUUAUUCAAGCCUCAACUAGGAUCAAACUGAGAUAAGAAAUUUAUCAUCUACGGUCAUACUUUUAUUGCCAGUAUGUCUUAUGCUUAAGUUAGCUUAAUUAUUUACUUGAAUCAAACAAUACUUUAUUAUAUUAUUCACAAUACUACAAAGGUAAACAUUAAACUGCCAAAGUCCAGUGUGUUUUGGCACACACUGGAAAGUUUACCACUUAUUGCUUUUUUUUUUUUUUUUAAAGAAACAUGUGGUUUUAGUCUUGAAAUAAAUUGUUUUAUUCUUGUC